AACUAAGGAAACUAACGUGCUAAAAUGGCCUCAAAAUUAUAACAUAAUCAAAAACGUUUCUCCAAAACGUAAUUUUUAACAAACUUAAUUUAAAUUUGGAUUAUUAAUCCAGUUUUCAUUAUUUCCAAAGAAAUGUUUUUUAAAACCAAAAGUAUUAUAGUUUAAUAAUAAUUUUUACAUUAUAUGACAAAAAAAAAUGUCAGAUAUACUUUGUAAAUGGUUAAAUGACGAUGUCAAGUUGAGUAGACAAGUGUGUCCUUUGAACUUAGAAGAAUCUUUUGCUAAUGGUUUUUUGAUUGGGGAGUUACUUUCUCAUUAUGGGGUUCAGGAAAACUUCAAAGAAUUUUCAAAGUCAUUCACAUCAGAAGCAAUUGUCAACAAUUUUACAAGAAUACACAACACUUUGUUAUUGCUGGAAAUAAAUUUUGAUUCCAAUAUGGCAAAAGAAGUUAUAGAUGAAAAACCAGGAAUCAUUACUAAUCUUUUGUAUGAACUUUUUAUAAAACUUGGCAAAAAAUGUAACAGCGGUAAAAUAAAUGAUACUAUGGUAGCAUUGAGAGCUCAUGGUUUGCUCAAAAUUGAUCCUUUAAAGACAAAAAUGUUCAAAGAACAUCUAAAGAGUCUUUUGCCUCGACAAGUCGAUAAAGAUUUUAAAAUGUUAACAGAAACUUACAAGAACAAAAUAAAAUUAAAGGAAGAAGAAAUAUUAAAAUCACAGCUUGAAGAAGAAUUAAGACAAAAAAGUCUCAAGCAAAAGGUUCGCCAGGAAAACUUACAAAAAUCAUGGCUGAUGCGAAAAAAGCAAGAUCAAAUCAUGUUAAAAGUUUGGGAAGCAACACAAAAUACUCUGCCUCAGUAUCCUAUAAAAGAAAAGUUUCAGAUAAGUCCUAAGAUGGGUAAACAGGAAGAAGUUGUAAAUGAAGCUAAUAGCAUGCAUGAUAGCAUCCAGAAGUUUGAAAAAGAUUUUGAAAGUUUUCUUAUAACUGACCAACCUGAUAAACUAAAACAGGUGGACACAGAUAUUGAACAUUACCUAAACUCAUUUUCUAAAAAGGAAAUAAAAGAAUACAUAAAGCCAGAAGAAAGUUUAAAAUAUGUUUUAGAAAUUCGUCAACGAAUUAAUGAAAAUUCUAAAGCAAAAAAGGAGCGUGAGAAACGCAGAAGAAAAGUUUUAAUUGAACAAUUUAAAAUACAUCAACUUCAACAGGAUAAUGAUAGAGAUGAAGCUUUAUUAAGACGACUGGCAGUUCAAACUGAAAUGGAGAAAAAAAUUGUUGUACAACUUACAAACUUGAAAAAAGAAAAGGAAAUCAUGAAAAAUAACAGGCUUGAGCUGGAAAGACAGUAUUCAGAGCGUAGACAAAAAGAAUUUCAGGAAGCAUUAGAUCGAGAAGCAGAGUUUUGUCGUCUUGAUAAAAUAAAAUAUGCUGAAGAAGUACGUAAACAACAAGAAAUACAUGAUGAAAUUGUUAAAAUUAAAGCCUUAGAAAAACACGAAAAACAUUGUAAAAUCUGCAAAGAAAUUGUUUUUGACAUGAUUGAUCUUGUUUGCAAAGUUGGUGAAUACAGACAAAUUACAGAAAAUCAUGUUCCUGCAAAAGUUAUUAGAGAUUGGAAGACCUUAUUUUGCAACUGUAAACCUUUAUAUGAAGAAAGACUCAAUGAAGAUAAUACUGAUUGUGAUUUAAAGAUGACAUUAAUAGAAGAAAAACAGGCUUUAUUAGAUGAGAAGGAGUUUUAUGAAUACAAGAAUUAUCUUGGAGAGUGGGAGCUUCCUACAAAUUUAAAACCACCAGAUGCAAUCUUUAAACCUUCAGAUAAUCAAAUAUUAGGUUUUAUUUUGAAAAGAGUUUAUCUAUUAAUAUACCCUCCUGCACCGCCUCUUGCACUGCCAGUGUUUCCGUCAUUUCCAAUAAAAGUGUGUUUGCAAGGAAAAUCAUUAUCAGGAAAAUCAUCUGUUGCAGACUAUUUUUCCAAAUCUCAUCGAGUUGUUGUUCUCAAUAUCAAAAAUGUAAUUGAUGAUUAUUUGCAAAUUUGGAAAAAAAGUAUUGACAAUUCUUUGAUAAUGAAAAAUGAAGAUUCAAUUAAUGUUCCAAAUUCAGUUGACAUUCAACAACCAGCUCAACAAGCUGACAUUAAAGCAUCACUACCAGCUCAACAAGCAGUGCAACUAGAAGAUCUAAAAUCAGCAUCACUAAAAGAUCUACAAGGAGUGCAACAACCAGCUCUACAAGCUCUACAACAAGAAUUGCAAUUAGCACAAGAAGGUGAACUGCAAUCAGCACCACAGACAGAAAAACAGCUUACCACUGAAGCAAAGUUAGGAAAACAGAUAGAUAUUUGUUUACAAAAUGGUAAAGCUCUACAUGAUCAGUUAUUAGUUGAUGUCUUACUCUGCAAAAUACAUGGUUUGCCUGAAGGUACAGGAUGGAUUAUUGAUGGAUUUCCUGUUACACUCCAACAGGCUCAAUUAUUUGAAAAUGGUUUAAGUGGGUAUUUUGUUCCUACUCAAAUUGUUGCAGGAUUGAAGGAAGAUAAAAAAACAAAAAAGUUUAAACUUGCUUCGGAUCCUAUUCCUCCUCCUCCGCCCAAAGCUCCUGUCAGUGGUCUUGAUAUAGUUGUUUUUUUGGAUGUUUCUGAUGAAGUUAUCUUAAAAAGAGCGCAAGGAAGAGUUACCAAUCGAAAUACAGGUGAAGAUUUUCAUAUUGAAUUCAAACCUCCAUUAGAGAGUUGCUAUUCUAAAAUUAGUCAGAACUUUGUCCCUGUUAUUGAUCCUUCAAAUGAAAAAGAGCAAAUAUUAAUAAGACUCAACGCAUUUCAGGCUAAUUGGAGUAAGCUUGAAAAGUGGUUCAAUCAGUUUAAUAUUGUCUGCACUAUCGAUGCUUCUGUUGAACAAGAUGCUGUUGCUUUAAAUGUAGAAAGAGUAAUUGAAGAAACAAUGAAGAAAAUCCAAGAUUUAAAAAGUCAAUUGGAAAAUGCAAAUUCAUUGGAAAGUAAGCAAAAUGAAUCAAUAGGAGAGAAAAAAGAACCUAUCGUUUGUGAUUUAACAUCUUCAUUAAUCGAAUCAAGCAAGCCAGUUUUUGUUGAUCAACCCAUUGAUAAGGAAAUUGCAGAAAUAAUAUUAAAUAAUUGGAUAUUUAUUGAAGACACAUACAUUAUGUUGAUAAAACAAAUAUUUCGAAAAAUUCGUACUCAGUGUUUUAUAAUUGAUAGAUAUUUUUAUGACAGGAGAGAUGCUUUCAAAGAAUUUUUAAAGAAGCCAGAUGUAAAGCAAAUAUUCAUUACUCAAUGGCAAGAGGAAUAUAACACAUUUCCUGAGGAUAUGAGAAAUGAUGAAGAAUGCAAAGCCGAACUUCAUCAACGAGUUGAUGAUCUUUGUGAGAGAUUAUGGGAAAUAUCUGAUAUGCGUAAAGAUGAAGCCGAAAAAGAACUCUUAAGUAUAAUAGAAGAUGGAUGGUUACAAGACAAUGCAGGAUUUUUAGUAAAUCACUAUAUUUCCUUAAUGCAAAUAGAAGUUAACAGAUACCAGCAUACAUGCUAUAUUUUACGAGAAUAUUAUAAUGCAAUGGAGAAAGAUAAAAGUAAAGGAAAUUUAUCCAAUAUUAAAGAGUUUACAAGUUUACCUUUGCUUGAAAUUUCUGAUGGUCAUAAAGAGCAAAAAAAUGAGUUCGAUAAAAAGGUUUCUGCAAAAUCAGAUGUUAAAAAAUCUCAAGUAAAAAUUAGUCAAAGAGGUGCCCAGCAGGUUAGCCAAUACUCUGCUAAAGAAGAUAUAGAAUCAAAUGAAUUAGAAAUAAAGAUCUUAAAUGAAGCAAUGCAUAAAGCACUGAUCACUAUUGAACAGCAGAAAAAUUUGGAUACUUUGGUUGAAGAUUCUUCUAAAAAGAAAGUCAUAUCAUCACCAAAAGGGCCUAAAAAAAGUGCAGAAAAAAAAAAUAAAAAAAAUAAACAGUCUCCUACCGUGGAAACUCCUAUUCUGAAUGAAGAAGAAGUUAAAGAAAAUGGUUUACUUCAGUUAAGGAAAGAAGAAUACCAAAAAGCUGUUACAAUCGAAGGAGACAUUUUUAAAAUGCGCAUUGAGUCAAUUAAUUCACACGGAACUUCUAUACUAAAAUCAUUAAAGGGAAAAGCUGAUGCUUGUUAUAAAGAUAUGGACAUAUGGUUAGGUGAACGGUUUUUGCAAGAGAUGGAAAGCAUUAAAAAGAUGUGUGGCUUAUUAAAAAGUGCAAUUGAAAGUGAACAACUUUUGACAAAUGCAAUUGUUUUAGAAGGCACAGAUUUCUAUGUAGUUGAAGAAGUUAAAGUUUUUAAUCCUCCUGUAAAAGAAAACCAGGAAUCAUUCUAUACUAAAGAAAUUGUCACUCCAUCAGUUUUUUUAUGCUCUCAACUUUCAGAACUUUGUAGACAGUUUAAAGAAAUUUCUUCAGAUGGUUUUGUAUCUUCUAAAUUGUUUGCUAGUUUAAUAAGUUGUGCUUCAACCUGUAAUUUUGGUAUUGAUUAUGUGGCUGAAAAAUGGAAAAAUUUAAGUCUAUCUACUAUUGAAAAAAUUACAGAUGCAGUUUCUACUAAUACAGAAUAUGUUAACUGGAAGACAUUUUUACUUUCUAUUUCUGAACCAUUCCCGUUACCAACAGCAUUUGAUCUAAAAAAGGCUUUGGAUGAUUUUUUAGAAAUUGAUCAAGCAAGACUUGGUGUUUUGUGUAAAACUGAUUAUGAUAAAAUCCAAUUAUGGUUUGAUAAAUGUCAGCCUUAUCUUGAAAUCAGUUCUUUGCGGUUGAAUUCUAUUAGGGAGUUAUUUUUUGAGAUAUUCAGCAGUAAAACAUCUGACACAAUAAAUUAUAUAGAGAUGCUUCUACACUUCUCAGCAUGUCCAGAUUCAGUUUAUGGUGUUUUUCUGGCUUUGUGUAUUGUCACGUGUCAAAAUCCUCCUAAUGAAUCAUUUUUGUGCAAUGAUAACUCAGAUGACAUUUAUGUAUCUAUUGAUGAUUUGAUAAAGGUUUUACAUUUUGGUGAACCUGACGUUGGUUGUGGUCAUAGAUUCAAUUUGAAAGUUGAUAAAGUUGAAGAAUCUAAGAUGCGUUUCUGCGAAAUAUUUAAAGAAAUGGGUUUUGGGGAAAAUGAACGAGUUUCAAUAAAACGGUUAUACGCUCAUGCUGAUAUAAAAAAUAUGAUUGAUUCGUGUAAAAAAUAUCUUAAACCAAAUAUCCUUGAGUUGGUUUCUAAAGAGGAAAGAAUAUUGACGCCGGAAAAAUUUUUCUAGGGUUUUUUCUAUA